AUGGGGCUGUCACUGCGAAAGUGGUCUUGGGAGCUCCUCAGUAGUAUUUUGCCUUUGAGUAACUGUCCCCAGCUCCAGUGCUGCAGGCACAUUGUUCCGGGGCCUCUGUGGUGCUCCGAUGCCCCUCACCCACUGUCGAAGAUCCCCGGUGGGCGAGGGGGCGGCAGGGAUCCUUCUCUCUCAGCUCUAAUAUAUAAGGACGACAAGCUCACUGUGACCCAGGACCUCCCUGUGAACGAUGGAAAACCUCACAUCGUCCACUUCCAGUAUGAGGUCACUGAGGUGAAGGUCUCUUCCUGGGAUGCAGUCCUGUCCAGCCAGAGCCUGUUUGUAGAAAUCCCAGAUGGAUUAUUAGCUGAUGGGAGCAAAGAAGGAUUGUUAGCACUGCUAGAGUUUGCUGAAGAGAAGAUGAAAGUGAACUAUGUCUUCAUCUGCUUCAGGAAGGGCCGGGAAGACAGAGCUCCACUCCUGAAGACCUUCAGCUUCUUGGGCUUUGAGAUUGUGCGUCCAGGUCAUCCCUGUGUCCCCUCUCGGCCAGAUGUGAUGUUCAUGGUUUACCCCCUGGACCAGAACUUGUCCGAUGAGGACUAAUGGUCAUAGAGGAUGCUUUGUCCAAGAGCCACAGUGGGGAAAGAGGGGAAGUUAGGCAGCCCUGGGACAAAGGAGAGGGUUUCUCACUGUCUAGGGAAGGACACUGAGGGGCUCAGGGUGAGGGUUGCCUAUUGUGUUCUUGGAGUUGACUUGUUGAAAUUGUUUUCCAUAAAGAACAGUAUAAACAUAUUAUUCACAUGUAAUCACCAAUAGUAAAUGAAGAUGAUGUUUAUGAACUGGCAUUAGAAGCUUUUUAAAUUGCGCUGUGUGAUGUGCUCUGUCUAGCCUAGGGGAGGACAUUGCCUAGAAGGAACUAUCUGGGUCUAGGGGCAAGGCCUUGGAGGGCUAGUGGGCAGCACUAUCAUGCUCCGGUCUCCUUGCUGAUGGGCUUUCUUGAUUGGUUUUUAAGACUUAAAUAUUUUCUUUGCUUCGUCACCCUAGGGGCUCCCAAGUAUAGGCUUUUCAGUUCCUGGGCAAGUGUCAUUGGGUUAUUUUUUAACACUCCACUUGGGCUUCUUUGUGUGCAUCUGUGUCUGGCCCACAAUAAGCAGGUCUGACCCUCUCCUUUUUUACAGCUUAGUGUUAUUCUGACAUUUGGUUAAACUGGCUUAAUCUGUCUUAAUGUUAUUAGUGCAUUUUAAAUAGGGGCAUUGAAGUUCACUCCCACCACCAGGGUUUUUUGGGGGUACCUGGGUCUUAAGAAACACUAGCCAAACUCCACUUCUCAGAUUUAUUGCUAGGAGUUCUUGCUCCUGAGGCCCAGGCCCCAAAGUCUCCUUACUAAGGUCAUGAAGAGCAGAGGGGAAGAAUAGCAACUCAGGGCCUGGUAAUAGUGGGGGAUUCUGUCCUUAGGGACUGAAUGCCUCUGGCUGACCAAGUAUAGUGCUGACUGCCUCCCCCAACAGGUCUGAGCAGUGCUUGAGACUGUUCUGCAGGGUGGGAUUGGGGGUGGUGGUGUAGAAGUGGCCUGCCCUUUUCUGUUUUCACUGAGCAGCAUAUUGUAAGGAGAAAGAAAAGGGGAAGAGAUCUAGAUUGGGUGAAGGGAGUUGGGGUGUCAUUGAGGCACGUGUGUUUGUGUUUCUGUGUCAAUAAACUGAUUUAAAGUUGUGGUUGGUCUGUUCUUUAUUCCUGUACCAGGACCAACUACCUAUCACUACUAGAGCUUAACUUAAUUAUGGGUAUGAUACAUGCUUCUCUUGGAAAAGAGACUGUAGUGGUAGGGCAGAUACAGUGGCCAAGUUCUCUGUAGUAGGCAGGUCAGGAUUCAGAUGUAAAACCCAAGGAAUAUACAGGUAGACAGGGAUUUUUAAAAAAGACAAAACUUAGCCCUUUACUUUCCCCAAAGCUGGCUGGCAGAUGAUGGGAAACAUGCUUGAGACUCUGCUGCUACUGUUGGUGGUUCCUGCUCAACACAGCCAGAGUUAGAAGGGCUGAACUAAAAAAACUCAGGUACCCAGUCAAGAUUUCCCUUUCAAAAAAAACUUAGGCUACUGAAGACCAUUCACUGGAAAGAAAUAUGACACCCAAAGGUUGCAGUUUAGU